AUGUUGCCUGUUGUACUAUUAUCAUUGUUCGUAUUGACGUGCAUGGCCCAACAAGAAGAACCCGACAUACUCUCGGCACAUGGUGGUGUAUUUGCUGCACUAGACUGGACAAAUGAAGAAUUAGCGGAAGUUUCGGCACUGCAUUCCACUGCUUCACAUCAUAAAUUAAUGCAAUAUAUAGCGGACAAACUAAGCAGAUCAGAUAUUGAUGAAAAAUCGCGACGAAGAAUUGAGAAGUUUCUAAAAUUGAAACGCCCGCCAAAGUUUUUGGAGACGUUCCUGUCAGAAGCUGACCGCAAGAAGGUUGAAGAAAAUCGAAGCAUUGAAGGCAGCAUUUGA